UGAUGCAGAAAGGGAGACGGACGGUGAAGGGACCAGCUGGAAAGGUUCACAGAGGAAAUAAAAAGAAAUGAAGAAACUGAUAUUCAGCUUGAUUGUCUCUCUGUUCUUUGUGGGGAGCCCGCUGAUUCUCAUGUGGUACACAUUCGACGUCAAUGAUGAAGAAAGUUACCAAGAACAGCCUCAAGUGAGAAAUGCUAAAUUCUUUGAUUCGUGCAAAAACUGUGGGCAGCACAUAAAGAAAGCCUUAGAGGUUUACGCUGAACCCUGGACGAAACAAGACUACAAUUAUGAAAAAUUCAGGUUAAAUCUAAAAACCAACGUCAAUGGUUUUGAUAAGGCCCUCAUAACCCAGACAAACACCAAAGUGGGAUCGAUAAUUGUCUAUGAUGGAGAGAGAAAGAGGACUUAUAACGUGACCCCACAGGUUUUCAACUCGUUUCCAAAGGGGCAUCCUUUCUCAAACAAAAGAUGGGACACGUGUGCCGUCAUCGGGAAUGGUGGGAUCAUAGCAAACAGCAGCUGUGGAAAAAGGAUCAAUUCAGCAGAUUUUGUUAUUAGGUGCAACCUACCUCCUUUGACAAAUGGAUAUGAGAAAGAUGUUGGUACCAAGACAAAUCUUGUGACUGCAAACCCGACCAUCUUCUUAAACAAGUAUGGGGCUCUAACAGGACGUCGACGUCCACUAAUGGAGAAGCUGAGUAGCUACGGCAGCUCGCUGCUACUCCUCCCUGCCUUCUCUUUUGGUAUGAACACGGCUGUAUGUAUGCGGGCUCUUUACACCCUUCAGGAUUUUCAAGCAGCCAUCCAACCUGUCUUCUUCAACCCCGACUACCUCUAUAAACUCUCUCUCUUUUGGCGCUCACAAGGGCUGAAAGAAGGACGACUCAGCACGGGAGUCAUAAUGGCAAGCCUGGCUUUGGAGCUGUGUGACAAUGUGCAUCUUUAUGGAUUUUGGCCCUUCGGUGUUCAUCCAUAUAAGCUAAAAAAUCUGACUAACCACUAUUAUGAUGACAUGAAACCAAAUACAAAUUUUCACUCAAUGCCAUCUGAGUUUAACACAUUGUUGCAACUGCACAAACAAGGUGUGUUGCGCCUGCACCUGGGAGACUGUGAGCGUUCUACCUAUUAAUCACGUAAAGUACAGAACACUGUCAGGAUGCCAACGACUGUCAAGCUUAAUCCUUCUGAAAUGAAUGCUCUUUGACCAUGCAGCCUCUCUAGGCUCGCAGCCAAACUGCCAUAACCACACAGAAGCACUCUGUCUAUGUUGAUGAUAUGUAUCACAAAAACAACAACGAAACAAAAGGCCAACUACACUGCAAAAAGGGAACUAAAAAUAAGUAAAAAUGU